ACACUUAAUCCCCACUUAGCGCCAACGGCUGCUCCAUUAGGGACGUGGCCUGAGGCAGGGUUAACCUGGCUUCUGCUCCACAGUAUUUAAAGGACGUGUGGCGACUGGAGCAUCAUCACUUGACUCAUCUGUUCUCUCGCAGUUGCAUCUAGAUCGGAGCUGCCAUGAAAGUGUUUGUGGUCCUUUCCGCGCUCUGCGUGGCCACCCUUGCCGAAGCACCCCUCGGCCACAUGCAUGCCCCGACCGCCCACGCCCCUUCCUCGAACUACGGCGCCCCCAGCAGAGGCUUGACGGACGCCCGCUUCAACGAAUUCGGCUCCCGCACCUCCUCCUACCAGUCAAGACAGCAGCAAAGCUACUCGAACAGCCAGGACGACAACUCGUACGACGCGCCGUCCACCUCCUACGGGGCUCCUUCCGCCGAGUACGGCGCCCCUUCCGACACGUACGGACCCCCGUCUGACACGUACGGACCGCCGUCUGACACGUACGGACCGCCGUCCGAGAAAUACGGACCUCCCUCGACCGAGUACGGAGUCCCUUCCCAAAAAUACGGAGCCCCUAACCCUUCAAACCAGUACCUGCCACCCUCGCAGAAGCGCGGCCCUCCUUCCCAGAAAUACGGAGCCCCGUCCCAGCAAUACGGCGCCCCUUCUCAGAAAUACGGAGCCCCCUCCGAGCAGUACGGAGCCCCUAACCCUUCAAACGAGUACCUGCCACCCUCCCAGAAGCGCGGUCCUCCCUCCCAGAAGUACGGAGCCCCCUCCCAGAAAUACGGAGCCCCCUCCCAGAAAUAUGGAGCCCCCUCCCAGAAGUACGGAGCCCCCAAGUCGAACAGCUACCAGGCUCGUGGCACCCCCGCCCCCAGGUACAACGCCCCCACCCCUGCCCCUUUCUCCGACAGCUACAGCCGCCGCACCGAGCAGUCCGCUGAUGGGCCUUACCCUGGUGCCCUCAACGACGAUGCGUCUGAGCCGGCCAGCUACGAGUUCAAGUACGAAGUGAACGACGCCGCUUCCGGUCAGGAGUUCGGACACAUGGAGAGCCGCGAGGGCGACGUGGUCACCGGCGAGUACCGCGUGCUUCUGCCCGACGGUCGCACUCAGGUGGUCAAGUACAUCGCCGACAAGAACGGCUACCGCCCCACCAUCGAGUACCUGGAAGCCAACCAAGGCGGCCCCUACUAAUCACACGCCAUUGAUUUUGUACAUUUUCUGGCAGCUUUGUAAAUAUAACACAUGCGUGUGGGUAUAAUUAUUAUACUUCUAUAUCUGAUGUACAAAUUGUUUGUUUAAAGUGCAAGCACUUUAUCCGCCAUCAUCUGUUGGGUUGUGACAAAAUAAAUACGUUUGUAAAAUGAGAAA